AUGAACCGUGAGGACCGAAAUGUGCUCCGAAUGAAAGAAAGAGAAAGGAGAAAUCAAGAAAUCCAGCAGGGAGGAGGAGAGGCGUUUACAGCAAAUUCCCCCCUUUUCCCCGAACCUUAUAAAGUGUCCAGUAAAGAAGAUAAACUGUCGAGCCGUAUCCAGAGCAUGCUGGGCAAUUACGACGAGAUGAAAGAACCGAUUGGCGAGGCGCUUCCGAAGCUUAGCGCCAAACCCUCAAACAGCUCAUCUUCCUCCGAGGAGAAAUCUGGCACGCCUUUGUUUAGCGAGAAUCAGCGAGGCGGCGGCAGUCAGAGCAGUAAGUGGACUCCCGUUGGCCCCGCGUCAGCUGCCUCCUCAUCCCAGUCUCAGAAACGUUCCGGACCGCAAGGGGGUCACAGUAGCCAAAGGGGCAACAGCGGCGGCAGUAGCGGCAGCAGCAGUAGUAGCCAAAGACACAGUGAAAAGAAGUCGAGUAAACACAGCGGCGGUUCCGAGCACUCAAAGUUGCACACGUCGAGUCCGGCAAAGGGCUCUCUCGGUUCCUCCGGCCACUCUCGGAGCUCCUUAGCCGCCGAGCAGCAUCACGGCAAGGAGCGCUACAGGUCCAAGUCCCCUCGAGACCGAGAGGCCAACUGGGAUUCGCCCUCGCGGGUUCAUACCUCCUUCCCCAGCGGACAGCACUCGAGUCAGGCCUUCCCCCCGUCGCUCAUGUCCAAACCGGGCUCGAUGCUCCAGAAACCCACGGCCUAUGUCAGGCCUAUGGACGGCCAGGAGACCGCGGAAGCUAAGAGCUCGCAAGCGGAAACCUACAGCGGACAGUCGCACAGCAGCACUAUGGGGGAGAUGAAGUCCAACGGCAAGGCCUCACUCACCAAACUCAAGAUCCCCUCGCAGCCUGUAGAGGGUUCUGGAGAUUCGAACUGUGUUGAUGAGAUUCUAAAGGAAAUGACUCAGUCCUGGCCCCCUCCAUUGACAGCAAUCCACACCCCCUGCAAGACAGAGCCCUCCAAGUUUCCGUUCCCCACCAAGGAUUCUCACACCUUCUCAAGUGCACAGAAGCGAGGCAGUACUUCCAAGAGCUCAAGCAGCCACCAGUCCAAAACUUGCGAUGACCAGCCAACUAUGCUGGAAGAUGACCUCAAACUCAGCAGCAGCGAGGACAGCGACGGAGAACAGGACUCUGCCAAGAAUGCCUCUAGAAACACGUCGGCGAGCCAUAACAGCGAAGGAGCCGAGCAGUCGAGAGACGACUCGAGCAGCCACAGCGGCUCUGAAAGCAGCUCGGGGUCAGACAGUGAGAGCGAAAGCAGCACGACUGACAGCGAGGCCAACGAGCCCCCUCGACCCGCUUCUCCCGAGCCUGAACAACCAAUGGCCAACAAGUGGCAACUGGACAACUGGUUCAAGAAGGCAGCCCCGCCGUCGCCGCUGGACAACAACAAUGUUCAAACCAAGACCAAAAAAGAGGGGAGAGACAACAGUUCGGGACGUGGCUACGGUAGCCAAGGAGGGGGAUCGAAGGAUUCCUCUGCGCCGGCCCAAAGCAGGGACCUUCGGGCGGUACAAAAGGGUGGCGAGAGUGGCCGCGGUCGCCAAAAAUCUCCGGCCCAAAGUGAGAGCAGCACGGGGAACAGGAGGCCCGUGGGGAAGAAACAGCCGAAAAAGUCUGAAAAGCCUCCAGUGGUGGAGGAGCCCAAAGGAGGCCUUAGAGUGGAAAGCGAGCCAGCACCUGAAAUCCCCCCGCAUCGACCCAAAGCGGCCACCAAGGGCUCCCGUAAGCCCAGCAUAAAAAAAGAACCCAAAUCCUCUCCGCGGCCCAGCGCGGCCGCCGUGGACAAGCGGAAAGCCAAGACGAGCUCGAAAUCGACCCGCGAGAAGUCUCGGGAGUUCGUCGACUCGGACUCCUCUUCGUCGGACUCUGAAGGAAACGACAGCAUCCCUUCAUCCUCGCAGACGCCGAAAUACACAGAGAGCAUCAGGACACCUGUCUGCGUGUUCUCCCCAAUGGAGGAAAAGGAGCUGUUGUCGCCAUUAAGUGACCCGGAGGAGCGCUACACCUCCAGGCAACCUCCGCAGGUUUUAAUUGUCAAGAUAGAUCUCAGCUUGUUAUCAAGGAUCCCCGGGCGGCCGUACAAAGCGCCCCCCGAGAUAAAAGUGGAGCGGGAUGACUCCCAAGACAGAGACAGCAAAGAGUUCAGCAAGCAAAGCUCAGAGAAGAGCUCAAGCAAGGCCAAGAGGAAACACAAGAAUGACGAGGACGGAGCCAAGCAAGACAGCAAGCGAAGCAAGCUGGAGGAAAAGUCCCAAUCGCAUCAUAAAAGCAGCAGUAAAGAGUCGAAGAGGUCGUUGGAGAAGAAAGAGGAGGCCGUGCCGUCUCCGUCCAUGGCGGGCCUUCAGCGGACGCCGAAAGUCGAGCAUCCGAGUCGAAAAAGGACGGUUAGCCAGUCCUCCACGUCUUUGUCCAGCGGGGCGGGUAGUGGCAAGGAGGGAGGCCACAGCACCAAGAGCACAUCCAACUCCAAGCACAGAAAAGGCGAGGACAAGGGACGCAGCACUCGCGAUGGCAAGGAGAAAGCCUCAAAGGGAUGUGAUAACCAGCUGGCUGUGCCGCCGCUCUCCACCGACACUUCCAAGUCGCAAAGAUCCAAGCUUCCGUUUGAGGACAGGUUGCAUUCAGCAGAUCAUUACUUACAAGAAGCAAAGAAACUUAAACACAAUGCCGAUGCACUGCUGGACCGUUUUGAGAAGGCCAUUUACUACCUGGAUGCCGUGGUGUCGUUCAUCGAGUGCGGCAACGCUCUCGAGAGGAGCGCUCAGGAGGCCAAGUCGCCUUUUCCUAUGUAUGCAGAAACAGUGGAGCUUAUCAAGUACACGAUGAAGUUAAAAAGCUACAUGGCCCCUGAUGCGACUCCAGCAGACAAGCGGGUAGCCGUUCUUUGCCUUCGGUGUCAAUCUCUUCUCCACUUGCGGUUAUUCAAGCUAAGGAAAGACAGUGCUCUUAAAUACUCCAAAACACUUACAGAGCAAUUAAAGAACUCUCUGAGUAACACCCAGGCUCCCUCUCCUGGAAUGGGAAACAAGGCAGCGGGAAUGCCUUCGCCAGUUUCCCCGAAGCUGUCGCCCGGCACGGCUGGCGGUUACACGUCAGUAAGCAGCAGCAGUAGCGCCGGCUCGUCCGUGACCAUACCUCAGCGGAUCCAUCAGAUGGCCGCCAGUUAUGUGCAGGUCACCUCCAACUUCUUGUACGCUACCGAGGUGUGGGACCAGGCGGAGCAGCUGGCCAAGGAGCAGAAAGACUUUUUCCUGGAGUUGGACAAAGUGAUGGGUCCUCUCAUCUUCAACACCAGCAGCAUGACCGACCUGGUGCGUUACACUCGGCAGGGCCUGUACUGGUUGCGACUGGACGCCAAGCUAGUUCCCUAG